CGCGCAAAGUACGACGAUGAGAAAGCCGCGAAGGACGACGCAUUCCGCGCACAAGUACGACGCCGAAGCCGCGAAGGUCGAUGCCGCGCAAACGUACGACGAAGAGAAAGCCGCGAAGGACGAAUUCCGCGCACUAUGCCACCUAUGCCCACCUAUGCCCACCUAUGCCACCUAUGCCACUUAUGCUGUCUUCGUCCCUUUUUCCUGGUGCUGUCCAUCACUUUCCGCCGUUACUGCCGUCGUCUCCAUUUGCUCCGCUUUUUUUCUUCUUGUUUUCCGGUGUCUGUUUGCGUGCGUUCUGCUGGGAGCGUACUCUGUUGUUCGGUGGUGUCUGGCGGUUUCCGCCUUCGUCAGGCGUUGGGGAGCGGUCCGGUCAUCUCAGUGGAUGUUUCUUUGAGGUAAAGGCAGGAUUGAGUUGGCAGUGGCGGCGGCACUGCUGCAGCCACCGGGGGUUGAAGGGAUAUGGAGGGGCACAUGGGGAUAGCGAUGAUGGUGGAGCCGGUGGUGGGGAGGGGAACAACGCUCUGGUUGUGUAGGCAGCGGGAAUAUACCAUCGAGUCACAUGUACAGCGGCGAUUCUUGACAGCAAAUGACAACCCAAUCGAGCUUGUAUAAUUACGCUUUUUCCUUUCCUUGUUACCUUCUUCAUACUGCAUUCACCUCGGAUGUGGUUUGAAGAAGGCUCCUAGAAACUUAGGAAUUUAUUCCUUUCCCGGGGUUGUCAUUCCUGUCAGUUCCAGCUCAUGUGGAUGGUGUU